UGUAGCUGUCACCUUGUGAUUUCUGCAUGUUGCUUUCUUCACAGUUUCAUUGGUGAAGAAGGACACCAGAAAGUACAAUAGUUUCAAAAUAAAUGCAUCUGACCUCCUUCAUGCUGUCAGUAUUUUAGACUGAAGUAACACAAUGGACUGGAGAAUUACUACAACAGUGUUCUUGUCAGUGUUAAAAGCUGCACUUUGUUUUAACAUCGACCCCGUGGCUUGGAAGACCCUGACUAAGCCUGCUGCAGGUUUUGGGUACCAGGUGGUGCAGAGGCGAUCCGACUUGCUGGUCAGUGCUCCUCUUGCACAGUAUUCACAAGGAAGAAGAGGAAAAAUAUAUAAAUGCUCCACCGAAUCAUGCAGUGAACUAUUGGUUCCCAUGGUGGACUUUGCAGUGAACAUGUCUCUUGGUUUGACAAUGGCAAGUGAUCCCUCCACACAAAACACAUUGGCAUGUGGUCCAACCAUCCCAAAGGACUGCAACAGUAUCACCAUGUACAGUGGUACAUGCUUACAGAUAGACAGAUCUGAUCGAGUUACAGGUCCUAUACCGUCUUCUAAUGGAGAGUGCCGAUCAGCAGACAUUGCAUUUUUGUUGGAUGGCUCUGGCAGUGUGUCAGAAAAUGAAUUUAACAUAAUGAAGAUUUUUGUAAAAGAUCUGGUCCGCUCACUCCUGCCUCUAGGCACAAAGUUUGCCAUUGCCCAAUUCUCAGGAUUUCCCCAAGUCCAUUUUUACUUCAAUAAUUUUCUCUCUGGAACUGGAUCAUGGGAAGCUAAAGUUGAUAACAUUAAACAACAAAGACAAUCAACUUUCACAGCUAAAGCCAUCAAAUAUGUGGUCACAGAAAUUUUCACACCACAAAACGGUGCCAGGUCAAAUGUGAAGAAAGUCUUGGUAGUCAUAACCGAUGGAGAGUCUAACGACCGGGGAGAAUUGCAAUCUGCAGCGAAUUUAGCAGAGAAGGCAAAUAUUGUUCGAUUUGCUAUUGGAGUGGGGGGUGCAUUUAACAAUGUUAAUGCAAAAAAUGAACUGGACACCAUUGCAUCUUCUCCCCAAGAAAACGUAUUUCGAGUGGGGAGUUUUGACGCACUUGAACAAAUAAGGAAAAGUUUGCAGGCCAAACUCUUCUCUAUUGAAGGAUCGCAAACAAGUGGAGAGUCACUGAAAUUGGAAAUGGCUCAAGAGGGAUUCAGCGCAGUUUAUGUGCCUGAGGGAAUUCAGAUGGCUAUUGUUGGUGCUUAUCAGUGGAAAGGAGGCUACCUCCAAUACUCAAUGUCGACCGGCCACAAGACGAGCUCCUAUGACCCUAAUUUAGAGGCUGACAGCUAUCUGGGUUACUCGAUGGCAGUCGCUAGAACGAAGCAAGGCACAUUAACAAUUAUUGGUGCUCCAAGAUAUCAACACCGAGGAGUUGUGAUGACAGUUUUCCAAAACAGGCAUCAAAAAAAGAUUGAUCCCUUUCCAUGGCAGUUUCAGAGUGGUGAAUAUUUUGGAGCCGUUGUUUGUGCGAUGGAUGUGGAUCUUGACUCCUACACUGACCUAAUCCUCAUCUCUGCCCCCAUGUUCAUUGACAAUGACAGAGAGGGAAGAGUUUACGUUUGCACUUUAACGUCUUUGGAUGUGGAGUGUCACUUAGAUUCUCCGUCAGCACUGAGAGGAGAUGCAUCUGACAGUGGAAGGUUUGGGUCUUCACUCGCUGUACUGCCUGACCUCAACACAGACGGCCUCAGUGAGUUGGCAGUUGGAGCGCCUUUGGAGAACAACGGUCAAGGCAGCAUCUACAUAUUCCACGGCGAAGGAGGAGGAAAAAUAAAUUCUGCUUACUCACAGAGAAUUGCUGGCUCUGAAGUGCGGUCGGGACUGAAGUUCUUCGGCUUGUCGAUCAGUCAGUCGUCUUUUGACCAAAGUAAGGACUUUCUGCCGGACUUGGCGGUGGGUUCAAAGGGCGCAGUUGUCUUACUUAGAUCAAAGCCUAUAGUAAUGGUAGAAGCUACAGUGUCGUUCAGCCCAAAACAAAUCUCCACUCAAAACUCAGACUGCUCAAAACCUUUGAAAAACACAGCGAACAUCUGCUUCAUCAUGACCAGACACUCGAUAGUAGAAAAAGCUGAAGCAAGGAUUAGCUAUAAUCUAACGCUGGACGCCACCCGCAAAGUCCCAAACAACCGGGCCUACAUUAUUGCGAAACAACGAGAGAUGAAAGGAACAGUUAAUAUUGCCUUACAGCAGCUUAGAUGCGUCACUGUGACGUACUUUGUCGAGGCUUGUCCAGAAGAUGUUCUAAAUCCACUUUACAAUGAACUCAGAUUCACAUUUGAAGGUUUACAUGUCGACCAAAAUCCAAGUCCAAGUCUCGCCCAGCAGGCGCAGACAACAAGCUUUCAUCCUUUAGGGUUCGAGAUCAAUUGCGGCUUGGACAAUAAAUGUGUUGACAACCUGAAAGUGGAUUUCAACUUCACCAGAUCCUUAGAGGUUAAAGUGGGCAUUGAUGAACUGUUGGAUGUCACCGUCUCAUUGGAGAACAGUGAGGAAAACUCUUACAGCAGCCAUGUCAUUCUCACAUAUCCAGUCGGACUCUCAUACAGGAAGUUUACAAUUCUACAGGGAAGAAUUGAGUGCAACUCCUGGGACAGUGAAGAUGGCGUAACGAGAGGAAAGACAGACUGCACUGUUAACAAGCCUAUUUUGAAGAGCCACACUAAGGCUUUCUUCAUUGUCUCCUAUGGGAUCGAAACUAAUAGUAAACUUGACAGGAGGAUUUUUGUCUCUGCAAAUGCGACUAGUGGGAAUGAGGAGCACUCCAGCUCAAGUGAACUCUACAAAAUCCAAAGGAUUGAUGUGAAGUACAGCAUUUUUGCUACGAUUGAAAGUUCCCUCAGCUACAGCAAUUUCUCAUUCGGCAAGAAUGAUCUGCACAAACCAGUCCAACAAUCAAUUACGGUUACAAAUGAUAUCAGAGCUCUGAAUUUCACUGUGGCGAUCAGGGUGCCUGUGAAGCUCGGUGAUAAGGACAUCUGGGUGGAUUCCAGCCGUUUGCAGAUUCCAGACUGCCAAAGAGCCAAUGAUGAAGAACCCAAUGUCACCAAUUUUAUUGCCAAGAUACAGAAAGAUAAGUUAGUGGACUGUUCUGUAGCCAGGUGCACCGUUUUCAAAUGCAUUAGGUUCAUGGGAAGACUGGAGAGUAAAAAGUACAAAAUCUCUGCCAACCUAAGUUCUGGAUGGAUAGAACAGAUUGGACUUCAAUCUGCCAAAUUCCUCUUGACAAGCACAGCCAGUCUGGAGUACGACAGAAAACAGUACAUCUUUUUUUCAACGGGUUCUAAUAACAACCCUCCUGUUCGCAAGAUUGAGACAGAGGUAGAAGUGUAUCUUGAACCAGACUUCACCAAAGAGAUUGUCGGAGGAAUCCUGGGAGGGUUGGCUCUCCUGGCUUUGCUCACUGCUGGCCUGUAUAAGGCUGGAUUUUUCAAGAGUAAAUACAAGGAAAUGAUUAAAGAUGAUGCGGCAGAUCUGGGGGUUGAUGACGGCGCACCCACACCAGAAUAACAAAAACACAAUCUGCACAUGUUUCACAGAUAGCAGCUUUUUUCCAAAUCAAAUGUAUUCAUAGUAUUAGCCUGCUGAUUGCAGCUGACCACAACACAACAAAACCGUUUCAACAUCUACAGUGGCGCCUCCGUCAACUCUGAUUACGUCAUCUGUACCAUUACUUAGAGCUCUAGCCUUCUCAUAAUAUUUUUGCAAUUUUCAGGAAUCUACAUUUUUAAGGAAGAAGACUAUACUUUCGAUUGAUCAAACUAGAAAGCUUAGCUGUGUUUGAUAUUUAAUAUCCAUUGUUGGUGUACAAUGAAACGUUUCUGCUUUUAUAUUUGCAAGCUAUGCAUGUUCAUUUGUGUGAAUUCUGGUUUCACACAUUGUUUUGUAAACCUAUUGUAAGAGCCAUUUUGUGUAUUUGUUUAUGUUGGACCUCCCACCACUGGGGGGCGCAAGGCCGACUGCUACUGCCGUCAGCCCUAUAUAAUUAGCAGAGUAUUGGGGACAGCUGGUGCACGUUUUGAAGGAAGCAAACCGUCUUGUGUGACUGAGGCUGUGCCAGAGAGGCAAAUGUUUAUGGUUUAUUUUAUGAUUUAAUAUAUGCAAGUAAGUUUUGACAAUGAGAUGAUUUUUGGUUUUUUGGUAAUAAUAAAUAUGAUGGACCUCACAA